CAUAUGUCAUUUCAACGAACUUGAUAGAUGCGUGCGCAAUAUUCCCUGGAUUUUGUGGUGUGGACCACUUUUGUGUAAAGGAUUGGAAUCUUCAGUCGAAAGCGACUCGUACGGUUUAUAGUUAAUCUUUUAUUACUUGUAUUUAUUGCUGUGAGUUUGUAUUUUUCAUAUAUAGAACGAAGAAAUUACAAAUCUAGUUAUCCUCAGAUUUAUACGAAUUGUUCGCUACAACGAUUGUGACAGGACCAAUCCGGUAAUUCAUUUUAUUUUUACGCAAAGUGAAUAUGUUGUGUUCAAGAUACUACUAGUGCCGAAGAAGUGGAAACUUCGUCUUUCCUCAAGUGAUAACUGUGGAUGCAAACGGCGCGCGCGCGCACGCUUACCGGACCGCGCCGCCCUGCCGCCAUUUAGAACGGCGGCGCGGCUGCGCAGCAGUGGUUUGUGGUGUAGAGCGAACCCUGGAGCCGCACAGGGGUCUAUGUAGUGGUGCGGAGGGCGCGGCAGCAUGGACGACGGAGGCAGCAACAAGCAGCGGCAGGCCACCAGGGUCUUCAAGAAGAGUUCGCCCAAUGGAAAGAUCACAGUAUACUUAGGAAAAAGAGACUUUGUAGACCAUAUAACACAUGUAGAUCCAAUUGAUGGCGUUGUGCUGAUUGAUCCUGAAUAUGUAAAGGAUCGUAAGGUGUUUGGGCACGUGCUAGCCGCGUUCCGCUACGGUCGCGAGGACCUCGAUGUACUCGGCCUUACCUUCCGCAAAGACCUCUACCUCGCCGCUGAACAGAUAUACCCCGCAACAGCACCCGCAAAGCGUCCUUUGACUCGACUACAGGAGCGACUGGUCCGUAAACUGGGCCCCGCGGCGCAUCCUUUCUACUUCGAGUUACCGCCGCACUGCCCAGCCUCGGUGACGCUGCAGCCCGCGCCCGGCGACACCGGCAAGCCCUGCGGCGUCGACUACGAACUAAAAGCAUUUGUUGCCGAUUCACAAGAUGACAAGCCGCACAAGAGGAAUUCAGUGCGGCUGGCGAUCAGGAAGAUUAUGUACGCGCCGAGCAAGCAGGGCGAGCAGCCCUCAGUGGAAGUCUCCAAAGAGUUCAUGAUGAGCCCCAACAAACUCUACCUGGAGGCCUCAUUAGACAAGGAGUUAUACCACCACGGCGAGAACAUAGCUGUGAACGUGCACAUCGCCAACAACUCCAACCGCUCCGUGAAGCGCAUCAAGGUGUCAGUGCGUCAGUUCGCGGACAUCUGUCUCUUCUCCACCGCACAGUACAAGUGCACUGUCGCUGAGGCUGAAUCAGAGGAAGGUUGUCCUGUGGGGCCAGGGUUCACGCUGAGCAAGGUGUUCACGCUGACGCCGCUGCUGGCCAACAACAAGGACAAGUGGGGGCUCGCACUCGACGGACAGCUCAAGCACGAGGACACCAACCUCGCCUCCAGCACAUUGAUAGCGGAUCCGGCGCAGCGCGAGAACUUGGGUAUCAUAGUACAAUACAAGGUCAAGGUCAAAUUGUGCCUCGGACCACUCGGCGGGGACCUGAGUGCGGAGCUCCCGUUCAUCCUGAUGCACCCGAAGCCGGAGGAGGAGGCGCCGCGCUCCGCCCCCGAGCCCGCGCCCCACCAGGACCACGACCUCAUACAGCUCGACCCGCACCCAGACGAGAACGGGCAAGAGCAGGACGACGAUAUAAUCUUCGAAGACUUCGCACGACUGCGGCUAAAGGGCGCGGACUCGGAGGCCUGAGAUGCGCCCCCGCCUCCGGCCCCGGCCCCGGCCUCGCCCCCGCCCCCGGGUCCGCCCCAGCCCCAGCCCCCGCCCCGCAUCUGGCGGCUGGCAACACUCGACCGUGGCUCGCGCUGCUCGUAAAUACAAGGAAUUGUCCACUACUUCCCGAACCUGUACAUAAUAGUUUCCUUGUGUAGGACGGAGAGACUUCAUACUUGAAGAAGAAAUAUGGUCCUUCGAGCCGAUUUAUUCAAGUUACAGCCGGUUGUAACUGGUUCAACCAUUUGUAUAUGUUGUGAAUGUCUGUACCGAACUAAUACGCCGAUGUCAAUUUCGAAUGAAUACUAAGUUUGAACUCUAUACGACUGGCAUUAAAGUUUAAAUUCAACUGCAAGAAAGGAUAUCGGGUAUUUAGUAUUAGUUGGUGUUGUGUUACAUGCACACUGUAUAUCAAAAUAUAUUGUUAUUAAAUACAUUUCUAAGUGAUUAACAAACAUUUGGUCAUUUGAAAGUUUGGCCAACCAGUUUGUGGAACGGCACAAAAGGUUGGUUAAUAAAUCUAAUUAAGUUGAUGUUAAACUAUUAAUUUGGACAUUUUUUUUAA